ACAUGAAGGUCCGCAUCAAUGCAACAGGUGACACCAUUGUGCUCAAGUUUGUCCGCCCCAACCCUGACAUCAAGUUGGAAGGCUACAUUCUGGGGUAUGGAAGCAGCAUGUUCUCCAAGCAGUAUAUCCAACUUCCUGAGAAUGGGGAACCCUAUGAGACAGAGAUAGAUGCAGAGCCGAAGUACCUGGUUGCCGUACAGCCCAUUCCCACCAAUGAGGUGAAGAAACAGUGCACAGGAAAAGUCAGCCUAGACAAGCCCCUCCACCUAGUGAUUGGUUCCGUGACUCCCACCUCAGUGCUGUUGUCCUGGGGAACCCUCCUGAAGACGCCUUACGAGGGAAACGUCAUGAAUGACUGCUUGGAGGAUGGGCACUACACUGUCCGCUACCGGGAGAGGAACAGGAAAUGGAACUAUCAGACCUGCCCAACCAGUGACACUGUGAUCGACAACCUGAAGCCCAACACACCUUAUGAAUUUGGAGUCCGGGCGAACCAGGACAAACACAGGGGAGUGUGGAGCAAACAUGUUGUUCAUAACACCAACAUGAGUGACAAAUCUAUUCAAAAACCAUUCAAGCCUGUGGCCCCCAAUGCAAAGCCUGUGAAGCCAAGUAUGGCUGGACCCAAUACACUCUUCCCAGUUAGACCUGACAUUCACAACAGGACCCAACCCAAAGCACCCACCCUGUCCAAAAACCCCACGUUCCCAGGAGCUCCCCGAACAUCUCUUGCACCACCUAAAAACCACCCAGAUCAGCCACCCUCCCCUGUGACAAGGCCUCAAAGUGUGCCCCAGAGACCACAGUUACCCCUGGAUGUUGCACAGCCUCAUUCAGGAAGUGUGAGCACUUUUAGAAAUGUUGUGCCCCACUCCACUGACAUACUUCCUGUGACGUCCUACCCCCAAAUCCUGUCCACCAAACCCCCCAGUACCUCAGCCUCCCCCACGACUAAUGUCCAUCAAAAUGGUGCAAAGCAUCAGGGACAGACGCAGGCCUGGGCACCUAGCAACACCCAGAGGCCACUCACUCCUUUGGUACCUCGAUCUACCUCAGACACCCUGGGUGAAGCCUCCGUCCCCCACACAGCUCCUGGCCAUUCACAGGACAAACAUUCUCUGCCCAGCCCUACCUUCACCAGUGAGAAAACCCAAAAUAAUGACUGGGAUGAAACUGACCAAAGGAGCUCAACCUUCUCCAUUGCAAACGUCCCUCAGAACUUGAUGGCUGUUGCCAUGCCAACCAGAAACCCAACAUCUCAAGGCAGAGACCCUCUUUCUCCUUCUACUUACGACACGCGACAGCAUUUCCUUCCCAGGGCGACUGACUCCUCCCAGACCUCCACACGAGGGGCCAGUGGUGAACAUGAUAAGGAAUUCAUUCCUCCCAAACCAGUCAUGUGGCCGAAAAUGCCAAUGGGGUCUCCUGCUCAGCGCCCCUCCCUCCCAGCCAGCCAGACCAUCAACCAAGUUGACAAACAUGAGAUUAAGGGCAAGGACAAUGAAAAGGUCAUUGACCUUAAGCAGACAGAUGAGGGCUUGAUCCCAAAGCCCAACACGCCUCCUGCAACGGCAAAGCCCACCAAGCAUGAGCAGCGUCAGACAACAACAACGGCUGCUCCAGUGGUAGCAAUGCUUAAUGUCAGCCGAUUCGACAUGUGGGACAACUCCUCUGUGUUCAGCCCUGUCCCUAGCUCCGAAGUGGAUGCCAUGGGCAAGCCUCGCUUCAUUGCCCCUCAUGUGAUCUACAAGACGGACAAGAAGCCGGAAGAGCCCUGCUCCAUCACCAACUCUCUCAGUUACUUCCCAGAGGAGGAUGUUGGGGAGCUAAACGUGACGGGCCCGCCCAGGGCGCCACCUUCUAACCUCACUGUGGUGACGGUAGAGGGCUGCCCAUCCUUUAUCAUCCUGGACUGGGAGAAGGGUGACAACGAGACCACAGAUUAUGAAGUCACUUCCACUGCCAAAGGGCCAGAUGGUGAGGAGGUCUCUGUCCUGAUUACAAAUCAGACGCAUACCGCUGUGGAGAACCUAAAACCGAACAGCAGUUAUGAGUUCAAAGUGAAACCUUUCAAUGAGCUUGGAGAGGGCCCAUCCACUGAAGCAGUAGCAUUCAACACAGAGUCUGCGGACCCCCGAGUGAGUGAGAAUGUCUCAGGAAAGGAUGCCAUCUGGACACAGUUCCCUUUCAAGUCCGAUUCAUACUCCGACUGCAAUGGGAGGCAGUACGUGAAGAGGACCUGGUACCGCAAGUUUGUAGGGAUUCAGCUCUGCAACUCACUGAGAUACAAGAUCUACUUGAGCGAUUCUCUCACAGGAAAGUUCUACAACAUUGGGGACCAGACGGGUCAUGGCGAAGACCACUGCCAGUUUGUGGACUCCUUCCUGGAUGGCCGGACAGGGAGCCAGCUGCUGGCUGACCAGCUCCCCUCGAGAACAGGGUUUUACAGGGCAAUGCGCCAGGAGCCAGUCAACUUUGGUCAGAUAGGUGGGAACUCUCACAUCACCUAUGUGUCGUGGUAUGAAUGUGGAACGCCAAUACCUGGGAAGUGGUAG